CACACUUAUUACACAUUCUAAAUACUGACAUUGAUCAAACAAGGCUCUGAGUACAUACUGUUUUUUCAGUAGUGUUUUCGUGGGCAGAAGACACUUUCCUACCAUUAACUUGCAUUUGGGGAAAAACUACAGAAACUUUGGAUAUAUUUUAAGACUAAGAUAUGAUGGAUAUGGGCAAGAAAUCCAACUGGAAGACUCUUCACACUGUUUUUCUGGUGGUGCUGAUGGGUGCACAGAGUCAGGGAUCCAGGGUGCAUGGGAUCCAGAUAUCCUGGAGGGAUAAGGUGACAGCUGGGUUCAAAACCACUUUCACCUGUUCCUCAACCUGCGUCCCAAAGUGCGUUUACACCUGGACUUUGAAGGGACGCACAUUCAAUGGGAGCACAUUGACCUGGAUACCAGAUGGACAUGAGCGGACUGUGGAACUGCAGUGCUCUGCCGUCAAUCCACAAACAGGAGCCACUCUCACUACAACCUCAGUAGUAUUAGACAUUAAAAAUGGCGUGUCUGUGCAAACUAGUCCUCCAACCACCAUCCCAUCACUCAACAAAUCACUGGACUUGUUCUGCCAUGAUGAUACACUGAAAAACAUCCCUGACCUUUCAUCCUUGGUGUAUGAGGUGGUUUGGUACAAAGAUGGGCAGCAAGUGAUCUUAGAUAAGAAUAAGCACCAAAACAACCUCACACUUCACUUUGACUCGUUGGUGCCCUCUGAUGCUGGAUUCUACCAGUGUGAGUCCUACCUGCCUGCACUACGACAAGGCAAGGUGUUCAGCCGGGGCUAUCAACUCAGCUAUGAUCCAUGGAGCAUCACCAUCAUGGGACCAGAUGUAAUUUCCACUGACAAAACUGCCAAAUUUACCUGCUUGACAAGCUGCACCAUAAAUGUGGAUUGCAUUGUCAGAUGGCAGUUCAGGAGCGGUUUCCCCAUGGGAACCUUUAUCUCAGUCCGUGCAAAUGAGAUCACAUGGAUCCCAUCCAGGCCCUGUUUCCAAAACUUCACCUGUGUUGCAGAAAAUGUAGCUGCUGGGCGCUUUGUUAUGGCCACCAAGAUGGUACAAGUUGAAGGUGUUGCACUUUCAGGAGUCGAGGUCCCCAAAGUCACUGGGUUUGUGCUGAGCCUCAGUUUGGGACUGAUGCUACUUCUUACCAUGUAGAUCUGUUUGUGAUGUUCACAGUUUAAAUGUUUAUCUGCUUAUUUCAGCCAUUUCUUCUGUGCCUGUGUCAAAAAUACUCCUGUUCACCACAUAUUUUUUAAAACCAAGGACUGAUCACCAAAUUAUAGAAAGCAAAAGGAGGCAUUUGGAAACUUUUUGUGAGUUCUGUGAAUGCGUGACAAAAUGUUUUAAGUGAGGAUGAAACACAUGGCUGAUGCAAAUUUCCCAGUUUGCAUAAGUUCAGUUCAAUUGCAUUUUCUUCAUCCUGAAUAACAGAUUAAUUUGUUUACAUAAAUGUCAUCUGUAAUAACAGGUGCCAAGAAAUAUGUGCUCACUGUUAUUUCAGCUGAUAUAUUAUAUAAGACAAAAACCUUUCAAAAGAUCAAAUUCUCUUGAGAGAUGUUGCAAUGUGGUAGUUCCUUCUUUACUUCAUAUGCUUACUAACUGUGACUCACAGAGAAUGAUGUUUCGAUGUUAAUCUUGCACUUUUUCUCACGCUGAGCAGAACUAAAAGGAAACUUCUGACCUCCAUAUGUUACUGAUUCACCUGUAUGAAUGCAAAGGCUUUGGGGAAGCAAAUGCAUACCUUGAAAAUUAAAUCAGCAUUUAUGUUUAACUCAUUCACUUUGUCAUUGCAUUAUUUCUU